GUUUUCGUUUUAGUUGAAGACUCCCAUUUGAAGAUGAAAAAGAAGUAUAAUAUGCUGUGUGGUGGGCUGGUUUUCUGGGGAUGCUCAGAGUGUAUUCAGGAAUCGUGGGAGGCGUUUCACUGAAGAAAUGGACCAGUGUAUAAUCAUGGAAUCUCCUCGCUAACCAUCACCACCUGCUCUCCUUGAUAAGCGAGAGAGUGGGUCACGGAGAAGGAAAAUAGAUCAACAUGAAGCUAAAGCAGCGGGUCGUGCUGUUAGCAAUUCUCCUCGUCAUCUUUAUCUUCACCAAAGUUUUCCUGAUUGACAACUUAGAUUCAUCAGCUGCCAACCGGGAGGACCAGAGGGCUUUUCACCGAAUGAUGGCAGGUUUGCGGGUGGAGCUGGUGCCCAAGCUGGACCACACGUUGCAGUCCCCCUGGGAGAUCGCGGCCCAGUGGGUGGUUCCCCGGGAAGUGUACCCUGAAGAGACACCAGAGCUUGGGGCAAUCAUGCAUGCCAUGGCCACCAAGAAAGUCAUUAAAGCUGAUGUGGGUUAUAAAGGGACACAGCUGAAAGCCUUACUGAUACUUGAAGGAGGACAGAAAGUUGUCUUCAAACCUAAACGGUAUAACCGAGACUACGUGGUGGAAGGGGAGCCAUACGCUGGCUACGACAGACACAAUGCAGAGGUCGCAGCUUUUCACUUGGACAGGAUUCUGGGUUUCCGCCGAGCCCCCUUGGUGGUUGGCAGAUUUGUUAAUCUGCGGACAGAGAUCAAGCCCGUUGCCACAGAGCAGCUCUUGAGCACCUUCUUAACCGUAGGAAAUAAUACUUGUUUCUACGGAAAGUGUUAUUACUGCCGAGAAACGGAGCCAGCUUGUGCCGAUGGGGACACCAUGGAGGGAUCUGUCACACUUUGGCUUCCAGAUGUGUGGCCUCUGCAGAAACACCGACACCCAUGGGGCAGGACUUACCGAGAGGGCAAGCUGGCCAGGUGGGAGUAUGAUGAGAGCUACUGCGAUGCUGUGAAGAAAACGUCCCCUUACGACUCUGGCCCGCGCCUCCUGGACAUCAUUGACACAGCUGUCUUUGAUUACCUGAUUGGCAAUGCCGACCGCCAUCACUAUGAGAGUUUCCAAGACGAUGAAGGCGCUAGUAUGCUCAUCCUUCUCGACAAUGCCAAAAGCUUCGGAAACCCCUCGCUGGACGAGAGAAGCAUUCUCGCCCCUCUCUACCAGUGCUGCAUCAUUCGUGUUUCCACGUGGAACAGACUGAACUACCUGAAGAAUGGCGUGCUGAAGUCUGCCUUACAAUCUGCCAUGGCCCAUGACCCUAUCUCCCCCGUGCUCCCUGACGCACACCUGGGUGCUGUGGACCAGCGGCUGCUGAGUGUCCUGGCCACCGUGAAGCAGUGCACGGACCAGUUCGGGACGGACACUGUGCUGGUGGAGGACAGGAUGCCUCUCUCCCACCUGUGAUUCUCAACACAAAAUGAGUGAAACUUCUUUUUACAAAGAUAGAGAAACAGCACAAUCAAUUCCAAACGCUGUGAGAGGAUUGGAAAUGGCCAGCAGCAGGUUCUGGUGAUCGGGGACAGGGUGGCCUCGGAUUUCUUUGGUGUUUUUUUUCAUAGCAGAAACUAAAAGACUACAAGUUUCAGGCCACGGAACUGUUGCUGCCGAAGCCCCUGACUUCCUCGGCACUUUCCCGUUCCAGCAGUGGGCGUCGCAGUCGGUUAAUUGUCAUGCUCAAGGACAGACGCGGUGUGACAUCUGGCUUGGUUCUGGAGUGUGUAUUUUGAGUUCAUCCUUAUAGUCCUUUUGCCACACCUGUGGAUUUUCUGGAAACACUUUGCAGUCUCGAGUCCUUUUUUACCAGGACUAGUCAAAUCGGGGAUUUUACUGCCAACUGAGGAGUGGCAGCAAGUAAAACCUGGCAUCCUGCUCGGCCAAAAGGUCCUGCUCUGUCGGAGGUUAUGUGUUUUUUUAGAAGCAGAAGGAAGGACAAAAGCAGGAGAGGUGUUGGGGCUUUUAAGCAAUUAGGUGGUAGUGCUUUCGAUCAUUCUUAACAGGGGAAAGAGGAGAGGCCUACUUGGUAGAACCAGAAUCGGGGAGAUGACUGAAUUAAUGAAAAACGGGUCCCCUGUAUUCAAGAUCUUAAGGCGUGUAAAAGUAAUGUGACUUAUACUUAAGUAAAAUCUGCAUUCUCACAGUUGUGUCCAAAUCAACCAAAAAAUUGUGUCCAUGGAACUACUGUUGCCACCCAAGGCACGAUUGUCAUAUGGAGACUUUUUUUUUCCUUCUGCCCAAAGGAGGCAGAUCCUUUCCAGAUUAACAAAGCAAACUGAAAUAAUACCUUGAGUCAGA